GCUGAGUUCUACCCCCACCACUAGUAAUUGGUGUUUCUCCUACCGCGCUGUCCUUACCCCCACCCCAAGUACUGUCAGCCAGUGUCAGCUGACGGCUGUCAUUGCGGGUAGUUGCUGCCGCGGCUCCUCAAACGCAACACACGUUCAGCGAGUAAUCUAGGAAGGAGGUCAGAAUGCUGAGCAGCUUGGCGAACUACCUGCUGGGGGGUAGUCUUAGCGCUCAUGACGUUCAAGAGGAUGGCGAAAACGGGGUAUCGCUCUCCGUUGAGACUAGGCUUAAAGAGGUUGAGGUUGAGGGCGAUGACUGGAUCCUCAUUGACCGUGCUGUUGAGGCCACAACGGCGCUUGAGGAGUCAUGGUACGUGACGCCGCCCGCGUGUUUCACCAGGGCGGGCCCCAUCCACGUGGAGACGUCGCCGCUCGAGGAUCUGCUGAUAGAACACCCGAGCAUGUCCGUUUAUCGGGCAGCGGCUCCCCCGGGCACCCCGGAGACUCCCCCGCCGACGCCCGACACCCCAGCGGAGUCCGACCCCAGCCUGACACCCCCCAACGUCGCCGAACCUGCCCCCAGCUUGCCGAGGCAGAGGCACAAUCGAGGGGAACAAAUUCAGGAGAACCACCAUCGCAGGAACGGCAUUCACGAGCACAGACCUGCCAGAGAGGAGGAGGCCCGAGUUGUUCAGCUUCGCAUUGCGCAAAAGGUUCUGGAGAACCGGGCAGCGCAGGUUCUGAAACGUGGUCGUAUGGAGCGUGGCAACAAGGUGAGGGAGGUAGCAAGCGGCAAGGGUAAACGUCCCCGUCGCCAGGACCGCCUGCGUCAGCAAAACAGUGGCGCAAACAACAAUCGCAAGUGCUAGUCGUCUGAUCUCAGGCCAGGGUGCACACUAUCUCCCCCCACCCCCAACAAAACCCCAUGUAUAUCUAUAUAUAUACACAUCUCCUCCCCUGCCCAUUAACCUCUCAACCAUGUGGCUUACGCUAUAGGAAAUUGUCAUUCUUUUGUUCUAUCGCUACUUUAUCUUUAUGGCUGUUUACACUUUGAUUAAUGAUUCUUAUUAUACCGUUAGUGUUUCACUGCGCUUUUAUGUAUUCGGCAGAUUAUGAUAUUUAUAGGCUGAACGGAAAGAGAA